CAUAAGAUACGGUUCUUGGAUUCGCGAAUUAGGAAAUAAGGGAAUACGCUUAACUGAUACCCAAGGGAAUCCAGGCCCUAUUGAAGUACUGUUAGGGGCAGACGUUGCAGGGAAGUUAUUUACUGGCAAACGAGAAGAACUAAGAACAGGUUUAGUGGCUAUAGAAACAAAAUUGGGUUGGACUUUGAUGGGUAAAGUACCUCAAUCCGAACAUCAGCACAAUGUAAAUAUGACUAUAGUUUCUAUGUUAUCUCAAGAAGACCUGCCUAUUUCAUCGUUGUGGGACUUAGAAUUAUUGGGUAUCCGAGAUCCUGUUGAACAAAAAACUAAAGAAGAGUCAAGAAGAGCUAUUAUGGUUCAUUUCCAAGAAACAGUUCGUCAAUUAGAAAAUGGUAGAUACGAGGUUGAUAUGCCUUGGAAGAUUGAGCAUGCAGUCUUACCUGACAAUUAUGACCUAUCUUUGAAAAGACUCGAAUCUACUACGAAGAAGUUGGAAAAAAUCGGAUAUCGUGAAAGGUAUCAUGAAGUCUUUAAUGAAUGGCUGCAGGAAGGAGUGAUUGAAGAAGUUCCCCAAAAGGAGUUGUCUUUACCCGUUGUUCAUUACCUCCCACAUCGUCCAGUCAUUAAGGAAACGUCCUCACUAUCUUCCAUGAAAAUUAGACCCCUUUUUUGA